CCAUGUGCCUGCAUGUGCCAGUAAACAAGACAACUGCCCAGAGACUAUUCAUGCCAGAGAUUAGAAUUUUUGUGUGGAAUGUGCUUGUGUUUUUUUGAAAAACUUUUAAAAAUAUCGUUCGCAGUAGUUGGUAUCUAAAAUCUGUAAGACAUGGACAAUUCUCUACAGUGGAACAUCACUGACAGUUUAGACAAUGGUAACGUCGAGGACUCGAACUAUGUUGAUUGGAUGUAUGGAAGAAUUGGCAUUGUGUUUUUAAUUGAAUGCACCCCUGCCAUGUUUAUGAAAGCAGAAGACAGAUCAGAGUCUUUCUUCCAACUGUCCCUCACUGCGGUGAGAGAGCUAAUAAGAAGAAAAAUCAGAGCUUGCAGUAAAGACAGUAUUGGAGUUGUGUUUUACGGGACUGUUAAACAGGACAAGUCAACAAAUCCAAACGCCAUUACUACCUUCCUUGAAGUUAGAGAACCAUCUCCUGACAGUAUCCUGAAAAUCGAUGAAGUCGUCAAUCUGUCUAAGGCUGAGUUUGAAAAUCGCUAUGGCUUCUCACAGGAUUACUCGAUCGGGGAUGGAUUAUGGCACUGUUCUUCAAUGCUACGCAGCUGUGGCUUCAAAUUUCGCGCAAAAUCAAUCAUGCUAGCUACAUGCAAUGAUGAUCCUUUUUCAGUCUCACCGAACAAGCAGCAUCAAGUCCGUAAGCGGGCAGAGGAUCUCCACAAAGAUAAUGUUGAUCUUCAGCUUCUCCCUUUCGGCCAAACUUUUGAUAUCACUAAGUUCUAUGAAGAAAUUCUUCAAAUGUCUUCAGACCAUCAAGUCUCAAUCCCAAAGAAUAUUGAGUGUCAAGAUGAUUUAUUAGCCCAGGUCCUAUUUUCAGACUACAAGCCUCGAACAUUCGGUCACAUGAAAUUUUUCUUGAACAAAAAUGUUGCUUUUGCAGUGUCGGCUUACAAAUUAUACAGAAAAGAAACUUUGCCGACUGCCUCCAAAGUAGAUCGCAUGCACAAUAAACCUGUGAAAACUGUAACCACAUUCCAUGAUGCUGAUACUGAUAAUCUCAUGUUUCGUUCAGAACUGGCUAAACAAGUUACUCUGGCUGAUGCAAAAGUCCAGGUUUCGGAGCUAGAACUUAAGGAACAUAAAGCACUUACUGGAAAAUUUGGAUUUCAAUUACUGGGUUUUAAACCAAGUAGUGCAGUUAAGUUUUACCACCACUCACAAUCAUCUCUAUACAUCAUCCCUGCAGAAAAAAUGGUCAAAGGCAGUGAGGUGUUGUUUGUUACCCUCCGAGACUGCCUGCUUGAACAAGAUAAAGUGGCAGUAUGUUACCUAACUACACGGCGUACGGCGAGCCCAAAACUUGUUUACUUGAUACCUCAGAAGGAACAAAUUUUAAACGGACUCCAAGUGCAAUCUGAUGGAUUUCAUGUAGUGUUUUUGCCGUUUGCUGAGCAGUUUCGCAAAGACAUUCCUUUGAACGAUGUGCCAGAAGUCCCUCCCGAUCUCGAGAAUGUAGCAGAAAGAAUGGUGAAGAAACUGAAACUGACAUAUAGCCCGACAAUGUUUCAUAACCCCAAACUGGAGACAUUCUGGGCAGGCUUGGAGGCAUUAGCUCUAAACCAGGAUGAGGUGGUACCAAUCGAUGAUUUAAGUAAUCCUGACCCUGACAGCAUUAGUCAACGACUCAAAGGUAUAUCAGAAGAGCUCAAGCACUUUAUGAACAAUGCACUCGGACCAACCAAGACUUCACAAAAAAGGCCGGCCAGCGCUAGUAAGCAGCCAGUGAAAAAAAUGAAGUAGUACUUCUUGUCAGCCAUCAGUGUUACCUAUGCUGAUUAUGUCAGCCGGAAAUAUUAACUCAAUCAAAAUUUGAUGUAUGUACAAGGGUCGUCCAGGAAGUGAGUUUACUUACAUUCUGUCUCCUCAAUUAAUGAAGAAUGGAAAAUAAACCAGCACUUUGAGCUAACAUGCUACAGAAUUUAACACAACAACUCAGGUAAAGGGGUUUUAUGGACCCAUUACUUUUCUUUACAUGGCCAAAAUUUCAAUGUGCAUCAUCAGCAAGUGAGCUGCCAUAUCUAAGUAUGGCUUAUCACACGUAGGUGACCAAAGGAUGAUUCAAUUUCAUGUAAGUCACAGAACAAGUUUCAUGUUCAGAACACUUUAUUCUAACAAAAUUGCUAGAUUGAUAAUCAGUGAGUCCUAAAUGCACCGUAUGAACAGGUUAAGUUACAUCUGAUCCAAUUAUGGAGUUAAACUGCUGAAUUUUGUUCUGUAAAUUGUGCUCUGUUAUCGUCAUCUCACCAAUAUGUGUGGCUACAGUUGCUCACAUUCUGGUUAAUCUAUGUUUAAAUUAUGUAUAGGCUGAAUAUUUCUUUAACUGAUGUCACCUAGGUGGAAUUUCUUUGAGAAAAGGCAGGAUGAAGAAAAUGAUUAUAUACGAUUCAGCCUCCAAGUGAGAGUUAACAGCGACACUUCAAUUACCUGCUUUUCCAGAGGAACUGAUAUGAAAGUAAAUACGAUCAUUCUCGCAAUUUUCUAACAAUGAAAUAUGUUGCUGUAUUUUACAUGAAGUCCAACCAUCCUCAAGUUCCUCAUUUGUGAUAUGCUAUACUGGGUGUUGGUGAGCACCGGUCCACUAUCUAUUUCUUGGACACCGCCGAAAAUUGAGCUUUGGGACGAAAAUUUGAUGGGGUAAUUCAACCCCAAAGAAUUCAAUGAAAAUAUUUUCAGUCCCCCAUAACCCCAUUUUGGGGAGGUUUUAAGGGGGUGCCCCCUGUUUCUGGCAUAUUUCAAAUGGGAAGGGUAUGUUUUGACUUCGGCUUUAAAUUCUAUGACCAAAAAUAAGAACUUUUUGUUCAGUGCUCUUUUUCCUUAAACUCCCUUUUUCUUAGUUACGUGGUAUUUUUUGAGCAAAUUUCAUUUAGACACUGUACCUAGGCGUUUAAAUCAUCCAAUUUUCAAAAUCUAAAAUUGUCCUGGUAGAAGAAGUCAAUACUACAUGACCACAUGUGGCUGUGCCACAUGACCCCUUUUAAUUCAAGAUUAUGGGGACCACGACCCCUCAAAAAUUUUGGGGCUUUCGAGGGCCUUAAGUCGGAAAUUCAAAAUGGCAAGGGUAUGUUUUGACUUCAGAUUUAGAUUCCGCGCGAAAAGUUUUAUAGAAUCCAUAUGGCGUACAGCCUGUUUGCCCCAAAUUACUGUAGAACCCCAUUUUUCCACAAGGAGGUAUGUACUAUUGGAGGAGGCAAAAAAAAAAUUGAGGUAAAUAGGCCGUACGUCUUAACAAUUCUACAUAAAUUUUCGCGUGGAAUCUGAAUAUGAAGUCAAAACAUACCCAUGCCGUUUUUAAUUUCCGACUUAAGGCCCUCGAUAGCCCCAAAAUUUUCAAGGGGUCGUGGUCCCCAUAAUCUUGAACUAAAAGGGUUCAUGUGGCACAGCCAUAAAAAGGUAUUGACUUAUUCUACCAGGACACUUCUAGAUUUUGAAAAUUGGUUGAUUUUAACGCCUACAGUGUCUAAAUGAAAUUCGCUCUAAAAAUGCUACAUAACUCAAAAAAAGGGGGUUUAGUGGAAAAGAGCACAGAACAAAAAGUUCUUAGUUUCGGCCAUCGAAUUUAGAACCGAAGUCAAAACAUACCUUCCCCAUUUGAAAUAAGCCAGAAACGGGGCCACCCCCCUUAUAACCUCCCCAAAAUGGGGUUAUGGGAGACUGAAAAUAUUUUCAAAGAAUUCUUUGGGAUUGAAUCACCCCAUCAAGUUUACAUCCCAAAGCUCAAUUUUCGGCACUGUCCGAGAAAUAGAUAGUGGACGGAUGCUCUCGAACACCAGCAGGUCGAUUGUUGAAUCAUUAUCGAAUGAUUCUGAUCGAUAACUCCCUAUCUUCACAAUGCUGUAUAUCGAUCAAGGUCAUUCGAUAACGAUUCAACAAUCGACCCGCUGGUAGAUGCAGCAACUCACUAACUGAUUAAAUUCCAUUAAAUUCAGACCAUUCAGAGGAGAAGUGGUCUUCGAAAAAUCCUCUUCUUAGAAUUCUUAAGAACCAAAUUUAUUAAGGUUAAAGUGGUGUGUUAGGAAGCUGAGAGUUUGGCUUUUUAUCAAUUUUCUUUAUGUCUUGGUUGAAGAGGCAUAAAAUAGAUAAGCCUCUUUCCUGGAUGACCCUUACAGUGAAGAAAUAUCUGCUGCAGAUUCCUAUCGAUGAAAGACUUUAUUUAUGCAUUAAUAUGCCCCACGUCACUCCAAAGAAAGACACACAAGAAAGCUGGAUUGCUGAUAUGCUAUAAAAAAAGUCCAAAGUACACUUUUUAACAAUUUUAUAGAUAUAAUUAAGGCACAUCAAUAAAUAAAAAAGUUUAAAGUAUGAAAGCUGACUAAUAGAGAUAGAUCAUAACUUUAAAACAAAGUAAAAUUCAUAAUAAUUAUCAACUCAUUUGAAAUCAAAAUAAUUAAGUAAGGAAAAUUAGUAGUUUUAAUAAUUACUAAAGAGUCAAUUACUUAAUUAGUUUCGUUUCCCUCGCAUCCCUUCUAACUCUAUCCUAUUUAUGGCAUCAAACUACCUGGUAGUUGGAUGGAGUAAUCUUUGCCUUUGCCUCACCGUCCAAUGAAAGUGGCAGAGGAACACUGCUAUCAGUUAUCACUCAGAUUACUUUUAUAGCAUAUCAGCACCUCAGCUUCAGUGUCCAUUGUUUUCCGUACAAAGUCUGUCCCAAAAUAUUGACCUGUGGAUCUGUGAAAAAACCCUACCAUAUUGCAGAACCGGAAGAAAGAAAGGGCAUUGGAAAAACAAGGUAUAAUUCCCAGGGCAUGGACUGGAUUUCAACCUAUAGUCAUCCUGAUCACAAGUAGGCGUUGUUACGCACUUUGCCACAUCCGUCUUCAGAGGUGUGAGUGCAAAAUAAUGUACUUUAGGUGCAUUGCUCAGUGAUUCAUGUCUCUGCGUAGUGCGCACUCUGGAAAAGGUGAUACAACUGGGGUCAUAUUUACUGGUAUCCAGGGGCCAAAGGCAAACACGAUUAAAUAGGGGUCAAUGGAUUUUCAUGAUUUAUAUUUGGCUAAUCAUCAGCCGAUUUUAAGGAGGUCACAACACGAUCAUAAGGUAGUUGUAACCCUUGUUAGUUGAAAUGACAUUUCAGAGUUGUGGGAUAAAAAAGGAGUGUUAAAUGUUUCUUUUAAUUUUAAAUCCGUGGUACCAAGAGCUGGGCAGCAUAUAACAAAAUUGCAAACUAAGUUUAAAGUGGUCGAGAUGCAGUCUGAAACUUGUCACUAAGUGUUACCAUGUUGACCAAGACAUUUUGUUCGCUUGCAAGCGUAAGCACCUGAGAUCAGCUAGAGAUUUCAUAAUUUUCAUAGUGCUUCAGUCCUGAGCCAAUUUUAACUUUUCGCAUCUUUACUUUCCACAGUGUCAAAAAUCGCAACAAAAUUAAUCUUCCUUUUGCGGCAUAAAAUAGAGCACUAAAGCUCCCCUUCGAGUUAUUCAAUGGUGUCCGUGCAGCACUCCGGCGACUCAAAUUAGAACUUGAAGUGGCAAGUCGUUUUGCCACUGGAUCUCUAGCACUACUAAAAUAAAUUAUAGGACUUCUUGCCUUGGGGACUUAGGAGGUUAAAGAAGUCAUGGCAAAGUGUAAUUUUGCCAUGCAUGAAGACCCUGCCAUGGGAAUCGGAACAAGAGCAGCACUACGCCACCCUCUACUACGUUUGCUGUGGUUUGUCCGUUCCUGAAAUAGUGAAUGAGAUGAAUAUGGACGACAUUUGUGUUUUCAAGAGAACUAAGACCCUCUUUGGUCAAUGGUCACUGAUGUUUCUCAACUAUUAGCGUGUGACGAUCAUGCCCCAAGAAUCAUUCACAAAGAUUCACUACUAAUCAAUUAGUGUCUCAACCAACUCAGCAAAAUUGGCUCAGCAAUCAGGAAAACGUUAGAAAAAGGCCCGAUAUUGUUUAGUUAUCAUGAAAAGCCUCUUUGAAGCACUGCUCUUGUUCAAACUCUAGGAGCAAGAUAGUUACGCAAGGUGAGUGAUAUUCUUUUUCACUUUGAUAGCACUUGCUGACAAGUUAGAUGUCGCAUCUAGACAAUUGCCAAUUUAAUUUCACUCAUGCGAAAUGCUGCAAGCGUUUCGAAGGGACACUCUGUAAAAUGGAUAAUUCCGAAGGAUCUUGUCACCAAAAUUAGCUGUAACUUGAUGAAUUCUCAGCCAUACAGCUUUUCUUUUGUUUCCUAUAUAGCAAAAAAUUUGACCGGUAUCCUUUUACAUAUCAUAUAUUGAUAGCAAGUGUACCUACUUAAUUUUUAAUUGAUAAACUGACCGUUGUUUUGGGUCUGUAAGUAUUUAAAUCUCAUAUUUGAAGAGAAUAUUUUUCAGAAGUUUAUAAAGUUGAGCCUUGUUUCAUUGCUAGCCUGUAUGAAUGUUAAUGAGGGAAUACAAUGGUCCAACCAGACGCUCUAAACUCUUCUAGGAAACCUACCUGCGGUCGUUUUCUCAGACUAAAAUUACAAAUUCCUGCAGAGCUUGGUGAGGAUCUCACCGUGGAGAAUUGUCAAUGCAUCGAGACGGGCAGCCUUUGCAGGUUCGACCAGAAUUAGACGCUACUCAAAGGAUGGGUUGGGUGUCAAAUCGCUUGUGAUCGAGGCAAAUCUCAACCGAUGUGAGUCUAACUGAAAGGCGAAUCGCUUGUAUUUAAAGUAUAUGUAUGCCGCUCUUACUGCCUUUGUAAUAUGGGCUUUGGCCUCUAUUGCUAUAAGUAGAGGGAGGCACUGAUGAUAUGCUUAAUUUGCUGUUCCAGUGUCUCUCCUCCCUUAAAACUCAUUCCUUGUAUCUUGUUGGCCCAUAACAACUACUAACGUCUAGUUACAAAAAAUUAUCUCGUGUAAAUGUUGUUCUCAAUUUUGUAAUUCUUUUUCAAUAAAAGGGGGAAAAAAGCUCGAGUUGAUCAAGCUUCUAUGAGAUAUGCAUGAAUUCUGUGAACUUAGCCCAAGGUGGAAUUUUCUCACACUUUGAGGUAUGUAUAAAUUGACUUUAAUUUCUUGAAUGACCUCCUUUUUUAAUUGGUAAUUGAGAUAAAAAAAGAAGCAUUUUUUAUUGAAGCCUCUCUUGUCACCUCACUAUCGAUUGUGUCUAUCUACCCCUUGUCAUUUUUAGCCUAAAAAUUGUGCGGUAAAAAUAGAAAUUCUCUUGUUAAAUUGCUCCAUCAUGUAUCCUUCUGACCUUCUCUAAGCCAAAUAUUUCAUUAAAUUCGAUUAUUGCCUUUAGUUUUGUACUCUAUCUGCUUAAUAAAAUUUUAAUGAAACCAGAA